AUUCUCUGUGUCCUAUUCGCCUAUGUUCUGGAAUAUAGGCAGCUAAUCCUCAUGUGAUUGAAACCAACUCAGUCACAAUUAAAAUGUAUUCAUAUAAUUUUGAUAUAAAGUAAAUGAAAGCCUGUCCAAAAGGAAUUUAACUGAUAGCUUUCAGGCAGCUAUUUUUUAACAGGUUCCAAGCAGUCACUUGAAGAAUUAAGGGACUGUUCUCUACUUGUCAGAGGACAGGGGUGGCUGAGUGUGACAUAAUUUUUUUAAUCCUCCUGGAAGCUACAAGUAUUUUUUCUUGAGCUUCCCUGAGUGGGUUUGUAGCAUUACCACACUGGCGUAUGCAUGCGGUGCACCAAGUAGGUGGAACCUGUAGACUAUGUGACAGUAUCGUCAAAGAGGGUGGAUAAACCAUCCUGAGUCCAUUGACUUCAGUGGGAGAAAUGAACGUGAUUACAGAUUAUGGCCGAUUCUUUCGCCCCGUAGUCACGGAAGCAAAUACUGGACCCAUUUAUCAUAAGCCACAUAUCUUCAGAAUAUUCCGACACCAAAAUGGCAAAUUUCAGACGGACAAAUCAGGAGAAAAUUUACUUUGUUCAAGACCUGUCUCUGUCUCAACAACACACUCUCGCGAGAUCUGGCAACAGAUAUCUCCUCUGCUGAAAUCAGUGCAGUUUCACCAAAGAUACUGGAUUAAAAAAAUAUUUUUUCCAGCGGAUAUCUUAGUUUCAACAUGAUUGAGCUAGCAAAGCAGUUUUGUGUUGCUAUGUGUGGUAUUUAUUCAGUUUUGUCUAGAAAGCAUCAGUGGCUGCAGCUGACAGGGACAGCUAACAGCAGCAGCAAAGCUAACAUCAGGACGUCAUCUGUUAAAAGCCUCCCGUUGUUGGAUACAACAUGAAGCUACUCCAGUUAGCUCAAUCAUGUUGUAACUAAGACAUCUGCUGGAAAAAAUAUUAUUUUCACAAACCAUUAUUUAUUUAGCUCACAGCCAGUAAGGGUACACACAUAUUGACAGAAGCGAGGUUGGGGAUACUCAUCUUUGAUUGGGGUACGGGGGACAACGCCUACUUAGGAGACCGGAAAUGUAUACCAUUUCAUACAAUGGGAGUAUAUUGUAGGUGCGCCAUCUUGUAGUAGUCCAGUAUCGUCACUGGCAGCAGCAUAUACGUCACUACAACCACAUGGCUCAUACAAACCCAAACAAAUUAAGGAAGAUUGGUACGACUUACUGUGAACAUUACUGUCCAUGUAGGCAAUUAUUUGUCAACGAGGAAAGCUACCAUGGAUUUUGCCCUCUUGGUUGACAUUGUUUGUUUUGUCAGCUGGCAAUUAUAUGGUUGCUGCCCCUGGCUGACAAUAACACUCCAUUAAAACAGCUUUUCCCUGCACUGAAAUGGAGCAGACUCUUUGACCAGCUGAAAACGCAUGACCCUCCCUCCACCAAAAAUCAGUUAUUAGAUUUUUAAAACAUAUAUCUUUGAUGCUUGAAAGGAAAAAGUUGAAAAUUGCAGACAAAAUCCUGGAAUAAAAAAAAUUAAUAUAUUUUUUCACUCUUGUCGUGCAUUAGUUAGUGCAAAUGGUUUAUUUUUGGACAAAUUUUAAAUGAGACAUAAGUCUGACAUAAGUAUUCAUUGCACAUGAUGUCUCAAUAAUUUCUGUUUUUACAGUUACUGGCUAUGGUAAUUUGUGUAAUUUUGGCAAUUUUUGAAGAAAUAAAAGGGAUUUUUUUAAUUGGUAGCAAAAUAAAUAUAAAAUACAACCAUUUUAAUUAGUAUGCCCCUCCCCUUAGCCAAAAUAAAACACAUAAGUCUCUCCCCGAUGCUUAAAAAAAUUAUUUGACAUGCCUCCUCCUUUUUGCACCUCUUCCUCCACCCUAAUAAGUAACGAACAGUCCCUUACUUGAAGAACAAUGGACUGUAAACAGUAACCACAGAUGUAUCAGGACAGUAUUUAGACACUCAUUUGAAACCUUGACAGGAUGCAGCACUGAUUAAAAUUUUAAAAUUGCUUAUGUAACAAUUAGAUGGGUACAAGCAUCGCCACAGGGGGAGAGGCAGAGGGGGGUGAGGGCCUUUGAGUUACGCAAUGAUGUCAUUUAAUGGCUCCCUGAGGAUACCACGCAUGUGCUCAGCAUGUUAUGUAUUAUUAAAAACUCUGACCUUUUUAUUAAUUAACCGCUUAUUCUGCCCUACUUUUUACAGCAGCUUCAACCCGACUGCUCUUAUAUGAGGCACAGGUGGAGUGCUCUGACAUCAUUUCAACUUUUUAAAUAUAUGAAUGACAAUAACAAGCACAUACCUGCGUGUAGUGAGGCUCCUGAGCUCUGGUGGAGACAGCAGCAAGCUUCAGACUGAUUAGCACUAAUUAACAGGAGUCACGUGACCCCAUCCCUAGCGUCAAAGAAAGCACCUGGUAUUUCUAGACCAAAACCGUAUAAACAUCUCAAUCAAAAGAUGGAUUAUAAAUGUGCAAAACUUUGUGUGAUUUCUGUCAUUUUUGUCGUCAUGGUUCAACACAGCUGGAGCUUCUCGACCGUCCAGGUGUGGAAAACACCUGAGCAGCUCGUCCUGCCGAGAGUCACCUGCUCUGCUCGAAGACUGAAAGCUGUUUUUGGUCCGCUGGUCAAAAGCAAUAUUCACGUUAAAGAUACAUCAGGGGCCAUCAUCCCUGUGCCUCAGUCUGAGGAGUCCUGUGGAGUGAGGCUGGGCAGAGAGAAAAACCAGAGCCUCUCCCUCUUCAGCAGAUAUGACAGCUGCUAUGCACAGAUUGAGGGCAGCAAAGUGAUCAUCCCUCUGCACGUACAGCUGACAGGAGAGGAUCGAUGGUUCAGGGUAAACAUCAGCUGUCCUCUGAUAAAGAGGCACAGCAAGAGGACCCGUGUUAUCCCCACACCAUUACCUGGAAACUGUGACACAGAAAAAGCUCUACGAGUGGACUGUGGCCACCAAAGCAUUUCUAGAGAUGCCUGCUACAAACUGGGAUGCUGCUAUGAUGCUCAUGAUUUAACCUGCUACUACAGACUCAAUGCGUGCUCUCUGGAUGGACACUUUGUGUUCUCAGUAAAGACCACAGACACUGACACACCCAUUGAACCCAGCAGCCUCACUGUCAAGGACCAACCACAGUGUUUUCCUGUGGUCACCACCGCAGACACGGCUGUCUUCAAGAUUGGAGUCACGGACUGUGGUGCAAAAGUGAAGGUAGAUGGAGAUAUGAAGAUCUAUGAGGUGGAAGUGGAGGAGCUGUACACUAAAAGUAUAACCAAACAUUCUCCAUUUAGUCUCCAGGUCCAGUGUGAAUAUGCAGCAUCGGAUUUGAAGCGUGCAGCAGACUUUUGGUCCUUGUACGCAGUGACCAACCCACCGCCUGUGGUUGCACUGGGAACCAUCAGAGUGCAGAUGAGAAUAGCCAGAGAUGCAUCCUUCACAUCCUUCUUUCCUGAGGACGAGCUUCCGGUGAAAUUGCCCCUACGCAAAGCUGCAUAUGUUGAGAUUUCCAUCGCUCAGCCGUCCCUAGACCCAACACUUUCCCUGCGUGUACGGGAUUGCUUUGCCUACCCUGCGUCUAGACACUCUGUGUGGACGCUUCUCUAUGACGGAUGUCCUAACCCUGUGGAUAACAUGAGGAGCUCUGUCCCUGUGAGCAACAAGAUGAAGACAUCCUCCCACUCCCAAGUCAGGAGGUUUGAUGUCAAGACCUUUGCCUUCCUGGACCCUCAAACAGGCCAACCAAGUGUGGAGGAGAUGUACUUCUACUGUUGGGUGGAAAUUUGCACAGAUGACAUUGACUGCACACAGCGUUGUGCCAUCAUUUCAUCUGAGGGUGAGAGACAGAGAAGACAGACGAUGUCGGAGUCUGACCAGGGCCAGCUGGUCUCUUUAGGACCACUGCUUCUGGGACAGAACAGCACUGAACAGGAGGACAAUCCAUGUGUGAAACAGAAAAUGAUGUUUCAGGUGACGGUGUAUAUUCUGUCUGGCGUUGGUGCUGCCCUGCUGCUCAUCCUGGUGAUCAUGGUGUGGUCACGCAUCAGAAAGCGGCAGAAGCCGGAAGCACAGCAAGUUAAAGUUGACAAUGAACAAUCUCAAUAAAACAUUAAUUUCAUAAAAUUCAAAGCUGUAGUCAUUCACUCUGGCUGCUUUCAUUUUUGUUAACAACCCGCACACACAGGUUUCCAAAGCUAGUUUUUACAUAAUACUUUAAUUCUAAUUUUAUUAAAACCGGCACUUGUACUUGAUCCUGUAU